UUACAGACAGAUUCAUGUACCUCAGAAUAUCCGUAUUAUUCAGACUACGCUUCUCUAAUCACACAACCUUGUUCUAAACUGGAAGUCAGGAACUUCACAAAAGCGUUUCUGCCAGUUGCAUAUUCAUUAAUUUGUAUCAUCGGCUUAGUUGGUAACAUCUUCGUAGUGAUGACCUUUGUUUUAUAUGAAAGAACUAAGUCCAUGACAGAUGUAUACCUCCUCAACAUGGCCAUAGCAGACAUACUGUUUGUUCUCACUCUUCCACUGUGGGCAGUGAAUUAUGCUACUGAUGAAUGGAUUUUUGGUGAUUUCAUUUGCAAAAUCACCAGAGGUAUCUAUGCAAUCAACUUCAGCUGUGGCAUGCUGCUUCUGGCCUUUAUCAGCGUGGACCGGUACAUUGCUAUUGUACAGGCAACAAAGUCGUUUAAACUCAGGGCGAGAACACUUGCAUACAGUAAACUCAUUUGUUUGGCUGUGUGGGUAUCAUCAAUUUUAAUCUCUACUUCCUCUUUUCUAUACAGUGAAAGUUACAGCUUCUCCACCAAUGAAACCAAAGAGAUUUGUGAUCAGAAAUUUGAUAGAAUGUCUGAAAGCACAAUGUUGAAAUCACUGUUGCUGUGUUUACAAGUUGGAUUUGGAUUUUUCAUACCUUUCUUGUUCAUGAUUUUUUGUUAUACAUUCAUUGUCAAAUCCUUACAACAAGCUCAGAAUUCCAAGAAAAACAAAGCAAUUCGUGUGAUUAUAUUAAUUGUAGCAGUUUUCCUAGUUUGCCAGGUACCUUAUAAUAUUGUUCUUCUUGUGACAGCCAUAAAUAUGGGCAAGAUAGACAAAUCUUGUGAAAGUGACAUUAUAAUGGCCUAUGCGAAAUACACCACAGAAGCUAUAGCAUUUUUACACUGUUGCAUUAACCCUGUGCUUUAUGCAUUUAUUGGGGUGAAGUUCAGAAGUUAUUUUGUGAAGAUAAUGAAGGACCUAUGUUGCAUGAGAUACAAGAAAUACUAUAAGCGUAGUUCAAGGACAAACUCUGAUAUUUAUCAUUCAAGACAGACUAGUGAAACUCUCACUGACAAUGGGUCAUCUUUUACUAUGUAA